UCUACUUGGUUUGACUUGACUGUACGCCACUAUUGACUACUUUUUUUACACGUUUUUUUCUCUGGUGGAGAAAGAGGAAGGGAAAUGGAUUUUGCUGCUUUAAUGUCCAAGGAAAUAUCCAAGGCUAAGCCAAAAGCUGACGCCCAGGAUACAGCCAAACCCAAAUACACCCGUCGCGGCGACCUCGAAGCCGCCCGCAUAGCGGCCUACAAUGAAGAACAGGAGCGGCUGAGUCGCGAGCGAGAAGAGCGCCUCAUCCAAAAACGCAAACUCGAGGAUGAAGAGGCUGAGCGACGCCAAGAGCGCGAAGACAAGAAGCGCAAACUGGCCGAGGAGUCGCGGAAGAAGCGCGAGGAGGAGGAAGCAUCCCGCGAACGAGAGCGAAGGAAGAGACUCGGAUUACCGGAACUGCCACCCACCGAGGCAGGAGACGAUAAAGAUGCGGACAAGGAUGGCGAGGAGGAUAUUCCCGAGGAGGAGCUGUUGCAGAAGUUGCGGGAAUUGGAGGAGCCGGCCAUAUUAUUCGGGGAGACACACAAGGGACGCCUGCGACGGUAUCGUCGGCUGGUACAGCGGGCGUCGACGCCACAGCAGCAGUUGUCGGAUGGCCCGAUCCCUACGACGUUGGAAUUGGUUCCGGAGGUGGAAAUGAAGAUCCCUGAGACGGUGCCAAAGGACUUGGAGGGGAAGAAAUUCCUCUUCCGGCAGCUGGCGUCGUACUUUAAUAUGGUGCUGCGGGAGUGGGAGCUGGCUCUGGCGAAGCGAGAUGUGUCGGUCAAGCAGAGCUUGCAGGGACGACAGGCCUAUAAUGCCAUGGUGCAGUCGCGGGAGAAUAUGAAGCCGUUGUUUCGCAAGUUCGAAAAGGUCGAGAUUGAUAACGGGGUGCUGGAGCAUGUAGUGGAGAUUGUCUCCAAGGCUCAGCAGCGGCGAUAUGUCGAUGCCAAUGAUGCCUAUCUACGGCUGAGUAUCGGAAAAGCCGCAUGGCCCAUUGGUGUAACCAUGGUGGGUAUCCACGAGCGAUCCGCACGAGAAAAGCUGCAUCAAAGCGAUCAGCAGGCCCAUAUUUUGAGCGACGAAAUCACCCGGAAAUAUCUACAAAGCAUCAAGAGAUGUCUCAGCUUUGCGCAGACGCGGUGGCCUCCGGAUGACCAGUUGCAGAUCAUGGGCUAGCGUGUACUAUAUUAUACCCUUCAUUAUCAAGAUGGCAGAUAUCUAUGUAUUCAAUUAGCAAGUGCCUACAAGUACACCCAAAUUGACUAUAUAGCGCAUUUCUACCAAGUCGUCUGGUCACCGCCUGUUACUGCCGCGACAGGGAUACGAUACGAG